AUGGAUCUUUCCGAGUCCGAUGAUUCAACUGGUGGCGAUCACAAUGACGACUAUCAGCACCAUGAUCAUCGGGAGCAAUACCGUGAAGAAGAUCAUUAUUUGACGGAAGAAAAAGCCGAGGACGACAGGUCAGAUUUCGCGAUGAAUCAUCGUCAUCCCCAUCACGAUCUACUAGAAGACAUGGAGACUGAAGAGACAGCCAGCGACAGUGUGGAUUCCUGUGACCGUCGGAUCAGUCGCGCUGCUCGAUCGCUGUUGGUUCGCCCGUUGCGAUCCAUUUUGGCCAGUGCCAAGAAAUUCUACAAGGACGACCUGGAGGAAAUGGACAAUCUGGAGAGCGCCACCGUGUGGAAAUUGCUAGAGUAUUCCUUGGCCCCUCAUGCAUAUGCCGGCCAAAAGUGUCCCUUGCUUCCAUCUCUGGAUGUAUUACGCCGUGAAGAAGAGCAUUCCAUUGUGUUAUUGCCGCCGCCCAAGUCGACAUCCAGUCGACUGGGAAUCAGCAUCCGAUCGGCCAUGUAUCAGUUGAACAAACGAGCGUGGUGGAGAAAUGCUUGGUAUCAGUGUGGAUUUUGUGGUAAACUGUUCAACAGUCGAUAUUAUCUCGACCGCCAUUUGGAGACUCAUCAUGCCAACAAAACACAGCACGAGCAGCAACCACACCGCGACGACAAGAAUACUAUGAUUUGUCCUGCCACGACAUGGUGCAAGGGGCUUCCGUUUUGUUCCCAGCAUGCUCUUGAAAUUGAACCCUACUAUGGAAAAGGGAGUAACGGGUUGAGUUACCAGGAUCGGAAUUAUAUCAAACGACAACUCGAACAAGCCAUGCAAGAUGAAACCGCACAUCGUGAUGAAGCCACCAUGGACCGUACCAAACAGCAAUGCAUUCAAAUGAUCCAGGACUGCUUUGGCGGUGAAUCACAACAACAAUCUUCUCCUUCUGUUUCUCUACAAGCCUACAUUCACCAACAUUUAGAACAGAGUCUGUGUCAACCAAUCUCUUGUCCCGAUCGAUUACACCAACUCUUUUUUGCCGCCUCAUCUCAGUCGAAUGACGCGGCCGCCAUGAUGAUGCAGCAUGUGCAUGAAUGGCACGAUGAAUGGGAAGACUACUAUGACCAGCAUCACACCGUGGGACGCUUGGGAAUGGCGAUGCUGCUAGGCCUUGUGCUAUGGUAUACCUGGUAUAUGUGGCAGGUCAACACCAACGAUAGCACGUACAAGUGGUUGCGACGAAAAGAUCCCAAAGGAACGCGAUUGCUGCAGAAACGAUCGACUUCGACAUGGAAAACUGCCCGCAAAAAGUUGUGGGGGACAUCCACCACCAGCAGCAAACGGAGCACCAAAGCGAAAGGUCAAUAG